AUGAACAACGCUCGGGGGCUGGGGGCUGGUGGAGACUUGCUUUUGUGGCAGUUUCUCGGGGGGCACAACAGUUUGGUCAUCAACAAGCUUCUGGAGUUCGGCCCGCCCAUCGUGAUCAUCUUGAAUGCAAUCACCAUUGCCUUAGACAGCGACGUUAUCGAGAAUGAAACGCCUAUUCGCAUCAUGGAGUCCUGCUUUGCUGUCUUCUACCUUCUGGAGUUCAUGAUCAAGCUGCGCCUCCUUGGCUGCCGCGGCUACUUCUGGGCAGAGAACUGGUCCUGGAAUUGGUUUGAUUUCUCGUGUCUCCUGUGCGCGCUCUUGGAGCUCGCGGCGGUGCUCGUUUCCGUACUUGGCUUCACUUCCACGCCUCUACUGGAGGAUGUGACCGUCGUGCGCGUGUUUCGCUUGGGACAGCUGAUGAGGACCAUCCGAGUGCUAAACUUCAAGAUGUUCAGCGAGCUUCGUCAGAUAACGCUGGGCAUUAUGAAUGGGUGUGGUGUGCUCUUCUGGGCAGUGGUUCUUCUGUUCGCCGUCAUCUACGUUUUCGGCGUGGUGAUGCGCAAUCUUGCAGGUGAUGACAUGGAAGAGUUCAAGAACAUACCAAACUCCAUGUUUACAUUGUUCCGAUGCUUCACCGACGGUUGCUCCGACUAUGCGGGAUCACCCCUAGCAGAGCGCCUGCGACUUGUGUACGGAGCUCCCUUCACGCUGGGGUAUGUGUUUGUGACCAUGCUGGUCGCCGUGGGCAUCUUCAAUAUGAUCAUGGCCAUUUUCCUUGAGAAUGCCACAGCAUCCGCAGGGAGACGAAAGCAGCGAGAACUGGGCGAGCGUGCAAACAGCACUGAGCUGGCGCUCCAGCGCAUCAUCGUCCAGAUGAUCGAUCCGACUGCUCCAGAACGGGCAACAGGGCGCCACCGGAGCAUGGCAGCCAGGAUCAGCGGACUGUUUGACCUGCGACCUUCCCCAGAUGAAGCAGACAGGCGCCUGAACAGGCAGCAGUCCACCCAGCUCUUCUGGCACACGCAGUAUGAGCUUCUGAAACACGCCGGCGUCACGGUGGAUCGGAAAACCUUCAUGCUUUGGCUACAGGAGCCCGCUUUCCUCCAUGUUCUGGAGAGUGCAGACGUGGAUGUGUCGAAUAAGUUCGACCUGUUCGAUGUUUUGGACGCCGACAUGGGCGGCAGGCUGGAGCUGGACGAGGUUGUCACCGGCCUCAUGAAAUUGCGCGCGUUGGGUACGGAGAUGGCCAUCUUGAGAGCGACACCUAGCAUCGCAGAGUUUGCGGCGAUAGCUUCUCUGCUUCACAAUGGGUCCACGUGUAGAAAGUCGCACGCCAUGUUGCAGCAAGAGGCCAGCUCCGGAGGAUCUCAGACCGGCUUUGUAUCGGUCUUGUGUUUGGCUGUUCUCAUGCAAGGCGCGCAGAACAAAGGUCAGCUCUCCGAGCUGAUGCGCUUCGGACCACUCCUAGUGGUUGCUGAAGUCGCAUUGCUUUCUGCCGCCCUGGGCGCGGCUUGGAUCGGUGGCUUGGCCAUCCAGGGAGCUGCUGCGUUCGAGACUUCCCUCGGGCCGACCUUCAAGGACUACUUGACGCGACGGCUCAAUGCAUCCUACGGGCUGGAAUUCGAAUCCAUUCCGCUGGAUUUUAAUCAGAACUUUGAAUUCGUUGGCGCCGGGCAGGUGGACUUCAUUUAUAGCAACCCAGCAGCGUACACAUGCAUGGCUGUGGAGUUCAACUUGCGGACCGUGGCGUCGCUCAUCAAUUAUCGCAAAGGCAACGCGCUUGGACAGUUCGCAGGUGUGAUUUUCACCAGGCACGACUCGCCUUUCCACACAGUUGACGACUUGCGCAAUGCCAUUGUCGAGGCCGUCUCGAUCUCCGGGUUGGGUGCAAUGCAGCUCCAGCAGGCAGAACUUUUAUCUCAAGGUUUGGACAUCAUGACAGACGUGCCUCGGCUUGUCUUUGCCUUCAACCAGAACAAGAUCGUGCAGGACGUGGAACUGGGGCUCGCAGACGUUGGUUUUGUGAGAACCGACUUGAUUGAUAGAAACGUUGCCGCCAACAAAACAAAGUGGGAGUACUUCAGGGUCAUCGGCCAAAUUGCUGACACGGACUUCCCCUUUGCGCGCUCCACCGAUUUCACGCCUGAGUGGCCAAUCGGUGCAUUGCCCCACGUCCAUGCUGAGGUCACGGAGCUUGUAGCGCGCUCCCUGAUGAGCCUUGACCGCUUCUCACCAGAUCCCGAGCUCUCGGAACCGGCCAUUGCAGGUAACUUCGCGAGCUGGUCUACACCCAUGAACUACUUCGGUCUCUUGGACAUGCUCCGGAGCAUCCAGUACUAUGACCAAGACCGAAAAAAGUGCUUGCGGAGCUCGGAUGAGUACGAGGCAAUCAACUGCCCCAGUGGUUUUGUGAAGAAGGCGAGGGACAAGGUCUUCUGCGAGGAUUGUCGCGAAGGCUACAGCUGCCUGUGCUCCCCAUGCGCGAAGCUACGUGAUCCAGAGUAUGUGCUGAAAGCUUCAUUGUCAAGCACGGCUUGGAGAGGCAACAUCGAUGUGGAGAAGGUGAACAACGACACCCGUGUGGCGAGCAGCUGCGAACGCAUGUCUGUGUGUGGUCAGGUCUUUGCCGGACAGAAGAUCCGGUGGGUACUUUUGGAUCAGAUCGGGACUGUCAGCCGGCUUGCCAUCAAUGCGCCACUGGUAACCAGUGUGCGUGUUCGCACUAGUAUUGAUGGAAAUUGGCACGCGGCUGAUGUUCGAAACAUCAGUUUGGGCCAGGAGGACACGCAGGAGUAUUUUUUCGAGUACGAUGUGGAAGGGUCUGGUGCACAGGUCAUUCAGGUGGACAUCAAUGGCGUGCCAGCAGCUCUGUCACCUGUGGUGCUCGAAGUACUCACACCGCCAUUGCGGAUAAUUGACUGUCCUUCAGGCAGGCAGGCGGAUGCCGAUGGCGUUUGCACGCCGUGCGCAGCUGGUACUGCUUCGAUCGGUGACGGUGCCCCAUGCCGCCCAUGCGAUCCGGGGACUUUUCAGCCAUUUGCAGAGCAGUCAAACUGUGAGGCGUGUCCGGUGGGCACUUUCCAGGCUCUGCCGUCGUCAGUGGAAUGUCAGCCGUGUCCACCAGGUUAUUCCAGCCGCGGGAAGACAGGAUCUCUGGUAUGCAGUCCAUGUGACCCUGGCCAAGAAGCGCCUAACAACGGUUCAGAGAGGUGUUCUCUUUGCCAGCGUGGCUUUUACAGUGAAGAGGAAGGCUCUAGCACGUGCACUCAGUGUGGGGGAGGUAAGGGCACCGCGGAGCAGGGUGUGACAGAUCCCGCUCUGUGCAUUUGCCUCCCCGGGGAGUUCCUCGUGGGCGCUUCCAACAGCAGCAGCUCGGACGGCCACUGCACCCCGUGCACCACAGGGCUGUUGUGUCGAGGAGGCAAUGGCGCCCCACUGCAGAGGGCAGGCAUUCGAAACGUUCCGAUGUCGAGACAGCUGGCAGUGCCCAGAGGUUGUGUUCCAAGCGACCUUACAGUGGUUCGUUGCGAGGCGGAAGUUUGUGGCCCUGCCUUGAUCAACGUGGCAUUUAGCAAAGUGCUGCCGAGUGCUAGCUUCGGCGGGACAUGCUGGGCCAGCAAUGGUAAGGUGGAUGUGCUGCCCGCACUGCUGCUCAUGAUGGCAACGUUGCUGCUGGGAGGGCUUUUGCUCUCCUUCGUCCACACCAAUGCGGCACGUCAGCGGCUCGGACAGGUGACUGUGUUCCUGACAGCUGGGCAGAUCAUCCUGAUGCUGCAGCUUAUGGCGGCCAUGAGGAACUUGGACCUGCAAUGGACAGGACCCGCUCUGCAUGUGAUUGACUUUCUUGAAAUCUUCGCCUUCGACGUGGACUUUUUGAACGUAGGAUGCGUCGUAUCCAACGAUGGUGCCGUGCUUACUUUUGCCAUGCAGCUGCUGGCCUAUCCAGUUUUCGCAGCAUUGCUCUUGCUGGUUUGGGUAUGCAUCAGCCGCCUGGGGCUGGAGGUAACACGCAAUGACGUCAUCAACAUGAACGGCUUGGCUUUGCUCACGCUGUACAUGACCCUGACCAUCAACUCGCUCUUGCCGCUGCAAUGCGUCGCCAACCCCAACGGAACGUACAGCAUGCAAACGCAGCCUGGUGUGAUAUGCUUCGAGUCCGAUGAGCAUUGGGCCUUGUUGUUCAUGUGCGUCCUCGGCAUCCUCAUGUAUCCAGUGGGAAUUCUUUCCGUGGCCCUCCGGGCUACAAUCAUGUAUCCGUCCUACAUCAGCUCGGGGAAGGGACUGCUCAUCGUCAACCGAUACCGAUUCCUUUUCGAGCGUUUUCGCGCCCUGGUCUUGUUGGGGUGGCGAGGUUUUGCAACUGUGUUUUAUUUUACCUUGUGCAGGCACAAAAUCAGGAACACGCUUCUGUCCCUGAUUCCUGUUGCCGUGGCUAGCCUUCCCACCGUCCAAGUCGUGUUGCUGGCGGCCGUGCUUCUCGCAGGAAUGCUGGUGCAAAUCCGCACUUGGCCUUGGAGAACGCAGGUGGCAAACGUCACAGACAUGCUCUUCUCCACAGCCGUGAUCCUUUUUCUGGUGGUGGUGGGGCCCAUUCUCAGUGACAACAUUGCGAACGAUACCAAUUCUUACGCAGUCUUCCUAUCCUGGUCCUUCUGCAUGCUGCUGGCUUUUGCCUUGCUCACCUUGGUUGUGGUGAUCCUGCUUUUACUAUGGAGAAGCCUGGCCGAUCAGUGCUUCAGGAAAUCGGUGCGCAGUGUGUCACGGGGUCGCGAGGGGGCGGUGUGGGACUUAUCUGUAAAUACAACUGUAGAGAUGCGGUUGUCCAUGCGAUCUGGUUCACAACUGCCUGUCAUCGCGGAGAAGACCUACAAGAUCUUCUUGACACAUCACAAGAGUGCGGCUGGGGCACUUGCGCGUUUCAUCAAGAGCAUUAUGAGCAAGCACUCGCAUGACAAAGUUUUCCUGGAUUCUGACGAACUGCAGGACUUGGACUCACUCUUCGAGAGCGUACGCAGCAACGUGGCCUACCUCGUGCCGUUGCUCACACCUCACAUGAUGACUCGCCCCUGGUGUGUCGGGGAGCUUGUCACUGCCCACUUCAAUCGCGUGCCGAUUUUGCCCAUCUCUGUCGACGGCUGCAGAGACUUGGUGGACGUGGCCAGGCUUGUGCACUCCUGGAGCCCCGACGACUUUCAGCCCCUCUUGGCCGUGGGCAUCAAUGAGGAGAUGAUCGACGAUAUGAUCGAGCACGUUUAUGCCCUGCCAACUAUCACCCUCCGCCGUCGGGACUCUAUGGAGGAUCAAGAAUCGACCAUCCUUCGGAUGAUCACCAGCAGCGAGAUGAAACGUCGCCGUUUCGUGGACUCUGCCUCCACAUCAGGGGGUGCACGUGUCCUGAUCAUCGGGCACACAGAGGAUGCAGAAGCGAUGUCUGCCAGCAUGGUGCUUCAAAUACUGCUGCAGCGGCUUCUGCAGGAGCGGGUGCACGGGCCGCGGACGCUUGCGGAAUUUAGCUCGGCGCUGCCCAACGCUGACAGCUUGGUGGUGCUGCUGCACAAAGGGCUGCUCUACAAUCCGACAUUUGGUGCGAUGGUCCUGGAAGCAAGUCGACAGACGAGGGACAAUGAUGGCACUGGUUCGGAGCUUACGAUGACCAAGGUGCCUUCGAUUGCAUCAUCUCACUCUGGGGGCGAGAGGCAAGGGUUGGCUUGGAAGCAGCUCCUCACCGUCAAUGCAGACACCAGCUUCGUGUAUCCAGGCCAUGAGUUCUACACAGUCCUGCAUGGACAGGGCCUGGGCACCGAGGAUCUUGGGCCAGACGUGGGGCCUCACCUAGUCGAUGCAUACAAAGCCAUCUUCAAGAAGAUCUCUAUGCCUUUCAGCUGCUCUCAUGGCGCAGAGCCCAUGCUUCAGCAACAGGCCAAGGAGAUCAGCAAGCGCCUAUUGGCCUCCAUGGAUGGUGGCGUGAUGAGCAAGACAGCAACCGGCCGGGGAAGCCCGGGAGCCCCUACGGCAAUGGACUUGCUAAGUUCCGUGAGCCCGGGGAGCGUGCGCAACAGUUUCCGGCAAAACACGGACAGCAAAGAUCUGCAGAAGCAGCUUUCCCCAGCCAUGAGGCCCACCUGUGCACCAGAUCCCAGUGACCUAGAGGCCAUGGCUCAUAUCACCUCAGACAGCGACUCAGAGGCAAGAAAUCAGCCUGGAGAUCCAGGUGCAGUGAUGGAGUUUUCUCGAGAUCUUUUCUUUGAGCUGCCGCAGCCAGAUGAUGCACAGCAUCAUUCUUUCUAG